AUUGCUAUUGGUAGCGAAUGGCAGCUCCUGGUCUCUUCACAACCGCUCUCUUCCCACCCUUCCCCUUCGCUGCCAAUUCACUCUCUCCCUCAUUCCUUCACUCUAAAUGUUGCUCCUUUCUUCUCAAAGCAUCAAAUAUGGAGGGAGUCGAAAUUAAGGUGGAAGAAGAAGUGGGUAGCAGACAAAAGAAGAAAGUAUUUGUUGCGGGGGCGAGCGGGAGCACGGGAAGGAGGAUAGUUGAACAGCUUUUGAGGAAGGGGUUUGCCGUUAAGGCAGGCGUUCGAGACAUAGAAAAGGCUAAAACAAGCUUACCAAGUAGCAACCUUGAUCUUCAAUUUGUAAAAGCUGAUGUAACAGAGGAAUGUACUAAAUUAGCUGAUGCCAUAGGUGAAGAUUCAGAUGCGGUGAUAUGUGCAACAGGAUUUCGGCCGUCUUGGGAUUUAUUGUCUCCAUGGAAGGUGGAUAACUUUGGAACAGUAAACCUUGUGGAUGCAUGCAGAAAACGCGGUGUGGAUAGAUUCAUCCUGAUCAGUUCUAUCCUAGUUAAUGGAGCUGCAAUGGGCCAGUUGCUCAACCCAUCAUACCUGAUACUGAAUGUGUUUGGUUUGGUGUUGAUUGCCAAGCUACAAGCAGAGAAAUACAUAAGGAGAUCUGGAAUCAAUUACACCAUUGUAAGGCCUGGUGGUUUAAGAAACAAUCCUCCAAAUGGAAAUAUAGUCAUGGAGCCUGAGGACACUCUUUGGAGGUUCAAUUUCAAGAGAUCAGGUCGCCGAAGUUGCAGUUGAGGCAUUGCUGCAUCCAGAAUCUCACUACAAAGUAGUGGAGAUAGUUGCUACUACUGAUUCUCCUAAGCGCUCAUUCCCCGAACUUUUUGGUUCUAUAAAACAAAGGUAGAGCUUCAUCUAUAUAUGUACAAAAACCUUUCACAAACUGUGCUUUCCCAAUAAACUACGGUUUUGUAUUAUUUACCUGGAUUAACAUUGUUAAGUUAGCAUAGAGUGUUGUUGUACUUUGGUUGUGUUUGUAAUCAAGCCAUCAAGGUGCGUAGGAGCUGUUACACUUUUUUUGGGGUUGAAGUUGAGGAAACCCAUAGCGUAACCUGGGAGCAUCGUGUUCGUAGAAGUUUGGUAUCUCUCCCGACAGGGACAGCCGGACAGGAGUGGCCAAUUUGACCAUCUCGAAAUGUGAAACCUUGCUGUUAAAACCUUUCUGUUAAAGGUUUUCCACUUUGGUGGAUCUUAAGCACAUGUUCCUCAACAAUUCUUAGUGAUUAUUUUUACAAAUAAGCUUAAAGCAAAUAUAACACUUCUCCUGGCCUAUAAUGGAAGAUACGUUUGAGUAUGUCAUGAGUUUUAAGAAAAUAAAUGAGUUUGACACUCGGAAAAAAGUAGUAUAGGUACAUAAAAAGUGAAAUGAUAGAUAAAAGAGAAAUUGAGAAAGUAAAAACGUUAGUGAUGUUUUGCUCAAUUUUUUUUGAGACAACUCAAUAAAGAAAGCGUAUAAUGUUCUUUUUCUUUCAAAAAUAGAUUUGGUCAAGCAUUCUUUGUAAUAAGAGACCUUAAUCCUUAAAUUAUAAGCCCUAACCAACCCCCCUUAAUCUUAAAUUAAAUUCUACACACUUGAAAACUACCUCUAAAGAAAAUGAACAUUUAAAAAAAAUAAGAAAAGCCUUAUAAUGUAAAGAAAAAUUACAAAUAUAUUACUUCCAAGUUUUGAUUGGACAAAAAUAAGACUACUUCUUUAUCUACACAAAAAGACCACUUUAGAGUUCAAAUGAUUGGAAUAUCCAUAAUUUUGUCCUCCCUUUCUAUUGGCUCUCCUCCGGCCUCCAGCCGAUCAGGCUCAUCUCCCUUCUCUUGUAGCCUUCCCCUUGCGGAGUUGCGGGUCUGCCACUGCUUCCUCCAUCUCAAGUUGUCGCCGCUGCUGUCGCACAUCCUUAACCUUCUUGUUUGAGCAUGAUGAAUCACUUCGUGCCAUUGAGUCGACAGUGGAGACUUAGUGUCAUUGGUAGCCUUGUUUGAGGUGGACAGGGUUGGGUGAUGAGAGCGAUGGUUAGGGGCAUUCAGGGUGGGCGGUAGCGAGAGAUCUCUUCGACACACUUUUGCAAUGCUCCUACGAAGAUGACAUAAUUAUUUGACGUUGGCAGUGAGAGAUCUCUUUGGCGGUGAUGACAAUAACUCUCUUCUUCGGCUACAGGGAUUUGGUUUCAGAUUUGAGUGGUUAGGGUUUCGAUCGAUUGUGGCGUUUACAAUUUUAAUUCGGUGACAUCGACAAUUAGGACUCGAUAAAGUGACACUGUGGCACGGGGUCAAUGUGCUAGAGAAAAUUGGUCACUAAGGCAUUGGAUUCAGUGGCACUAGUAACAUUUGUAAAUUGUAAGAUUGUAAAAGUCAUAUUGAUCUCUUUUUUGGAUUUUAUAAAAAGUAUUGCUGUUUUUUACUUGAUUUUUCCUUUAGCAAUAUACUAAUACUACACAUUUAGGUUCACAUUUUCACUCCAUCUUCUUUUGCUAACCCUAAACGUUUGAUGACUAAUAUUUCGAUCACCUAUCUUCUCAAAACAAUCUCGUAUUUUUUCCUCUCUCACUAGAAGUUCUCUCUUUUUUUUUUUAAUCUUCUCGAUGCAUCUUUUUCCAUUUUUCUUUCAUUUUUUGUUAAUUUUAUUUAUUUUCUCUGUUUAUGUAUCCUUUCCGCCAUAUCAUAAAAGCUUUUUUGUACAGGAUUCCCCUUCAUUUGUUUUCAUUUCUUCUUCUUCUUUUGCGCCCCUAUUUUUACUUCUAUUUCCCUUUUUUG